CCGCACGCACGCACGCACGCACGCACGCCGGCCUCCUUUGCGCCUGCGCGCUGACCACGCUCCCUUUCCCUUCCGCCGCCGCCCGCGCCGCACUCGCCAUGGGCCACCAGCAGCUCUACUGGAGCCACCCCAGGAAGUUCGGGCAGGGGUCGCGCUCCUGCCGCGUCUGCUCCAACCGCCACGGCCUGAUCCGCAAGUACGGCCUCAACAUGUGCCGCCAGUGCUUCCGCCAGUACGCCAAGGACAUCGGCUUCCUCAAGCUCGACUGACCCACCCACGGAAGAGGACCGCUGACCACGGGGGAGCCGCCCCGCCCCGGAGACCCUGGUGGGGGGGGAUGGAUGCGCUUAGGGGAGGGGGCCUGGCUUCCCCCCCCCCCCGCACACGCUUUGGUGUACAUAAAAUAAAGAGGUUGUGAGCGAGG